UGGGGUUACUGGACUGAGUCCGUUCCACGCUCUUCUACUUGCCGCUUGUAUCGUUCGGAUCUGUUACACCAUGAAAACGUUCUUCAUGUUUACCUACGCUUCAACGAAGAGCUACCUUGUGGAUUAAGUGAAUGUGCUAACAUGAACUUGGAGCUAGAACCAUGAGAGAGGAGGACCUGGAGAUAGCCAUCAAGGUGGUGAUAGUUGGAAAUGGCGCUGUUGGUAAAUCUAGCAUGAUCCAAAGAUAUUGCAAGGGAACAUUUACCAAAGACUACAAAAAGACAAUAGGAGUUGAUUUCCUUGAACGCCAAAUUGAGUGUGAAGGUGAAGAAGUUAGAUUAAUGCUAUGGGAUACUGCAGGACAAGAGGAAUUUGAUGCCAUUACAAAGGCAUACUACAGAGGAGCACAAGCAUGCGUACUAGCAUUUUCAACUACAGAUAGGGACUCAUUUGAAGCUAUUCAGUCUUGGAAAAAAAAGGUGGAAGAUGAAUGUGGCGAAAUCCCCACUGUGCUAGUUCAAAACAAGAUAGACUUGAUGGACCAAACUGUAGUAGACCCGGAAGAAGUAGACCUCCUCUCCAGAGCCCUUGGGUGCAGGCUGAUGCACACGUCAGUAAAGGAAGACGUAAAUGUUAACGCCGUAUUUCGAUAUUUAGCAUCUCGGUGUUUGGCUGAACUAAGGAGAGAAGAUGAAGAAUAUAAUUUGAGUCCAAAUGGACUACAUCCACUUACCAUAUGUGCUUUUGGUCCUACUGGUGCACAUAACGCUAAAUCACACUACGGAAACGGAACUAUAGUCUUACGAUCAGGAAAAAAUAAGUCUCGAAAGAAGAAGAACGUAUUUAAAAACACCUGUAAAUUAUUAUAACUAAUUUAUGUAAAGAAAUAAUGUGACAAUAAGGUAUCAUUUCAAAUGUAAAUAUAAGUCAAUUUUAGGCUAUAUUACUUUUUAAUUAGAUUUGUACAUUAAAAAUGAAUAACUUUGUUUACAAAAUGAUAAGUAUCACACUGGUUAUUUAAUGUAAUAUAGGAAAUGCAAUUUGUACAAGAAUACUGUAUACAACCUAUGUAAUAUCUUCACACUUGUCAAAUUUUUCAUGUUUAAGUAACUGCAUUUAUCUAUUAUAAAAAUAAAAAAAAAUUGAUGAAAAAAUCAGAGCUGUUUCAUAGAAAGUUGUUACCGCCUUUUAAGAUAAGAGAAACAAAUGAUUCUUGCAAGUGAUAAAAGGUUAAUUACACAUAUAUUAAAAACAUUAAGCAAAUGUACCCAAUUGUUAUUGUUUUACCUUGUAAACCUUUUCCCGUUUAUGAAAAUAUGAUUAUUUUGGCCCUACUCUAAUUUUACUUGUUUAAAUGCUUUGACAAAAUUAAUUUCACAAGAAAUUAAAUAAGAACUAUGCAGAAUACAUUUUUUACACCUUAAUUUGUGAUUGAUUGAUACAGCAAGUAUGAAAGAUGAAAUUUUCAUUUCUCCCCUGGGCGGAUUUCUCAGUACUUUAACAUUUACUUUAUGGAAUGUUGGAUU